AUGACUGUUAGUAAAACUUAUAUAGUCGAUCUAUCUAUUGGAACAUACACAUACGUCGCUGUACUUGGAGGAUCACCUUGUAAGCACCAAGCUGCGGUUGUGAUUAAGUAUCAUGAAGGAUCAUUUAAUUAUUUUUCUGCUCUUUCCAUCGAUGAUUGUAUGACUUACUAUUAUAUUGCUUGUAAGACUGUCGCAAAAGAUUCUACAUUUUAUGCAGCUUUACGUGCUCCUAUUGUGUUGGAAAAUAGUCAAAUUACUAAAAAAAAUAUCAAUCUUGCUUCUGAAGAUAUUCAUGAAGAUACACUUACUGUCGAUGGUGAUAAUUGUGCUACCAUUCAGUAA